CCCGUGUGCCACCCGCUUGCCCCUUCACCGCGCCACACGUACACUAACCAACACCGGCCAGGAUCCGACGCGACGCCUUUGGAAACUGGAAUAUCCCCCCACCCGUAACCGUCUCCUCCCCAGCUCCAACCAUUUCUCCCGUCCUCCUCCUCCUCCGCCCCGACCUCGCUCGCCCGCCCGCCCGCCUCCGCCUCCGCCAAUGGCGACCUCCACGCGGGCGUUGCUCCUCCUCCCCCUCCUCCUCCUCUUCCUCCUCUCCCGCUCCCUCUCCCUCCGCGCCGAUCCCGGCGCCGCCGUGUCCAGGAUCGCCUUCGGCUCCUGCGCCAACCAGAGCGCGCCCCAGCCCGUGUGGGAGGCCGUCGUGGGGUUCGACCCGCAGGUGUUCAUCUGGCUCGGGGACAACGUGUACGGCGACAACAAGAGGCCGUUCCGGGUGUUCGGGAGGGAGAGGACGGUGGGGCCGUGGAGGAACGUGCCGCGGUUCUACCCGUCGACGGAGGCCGAGCUGCGGAGGCGCUACGAGAUGGCCAAGGCCAAGCCCGGGUACGCCAAGCUCAGGGAGAGGGCUCAGGUUAUUGGAACAUGGGAUGAUCACGAUUAUGGACUGAAUGAUGCAGGAAAAGAGUUUGGUGGGAAGGUGACCUCUCAAAGGCUUCUAUUAGAUUUUCUGGAUGAAGCUGAAGAUAGUUCACGGAGGCAGCAAGCUGGUGUUUAUGCCUCCUACAUGUUUGGCCCUGAAGGAAAACGGGUAAAGGUAAUUCUGUUGGACACCAGAUAUCACAGAGACCCUCUAUCAAGUGAUGGAGCUGUACUGGGAGAUCCUCAGUGGCAAUGGCUGGAGAGGGAACUGCAUGGUCCUCGAUCAGAGAUCACCAUCAUUGGAUCUUCAAUACAAGUAAUAUCAAAUCUAUCUGCCACCACUGGACCUUUGUUCUAUGUGGAGUCAUGGGCACGCUUUCCAAGGGAAAGAGAACGACUGUUCAGACUGAUCGAUAGCAGUAAGAGAAAUGGAGUGUUUUUUAUCAGCGGUGAUGUUCAUUUUGGAGAAAUUUCUCGUUAUGACUGUGGAGCUCAAUAUCCAUUGUAUGAUAUUACCUCAAGUGGUCUUACCCAAUCUGUUGAGAAUUCCGUGCCAUCAGUAUUUCAACCACUUAUGAGACUUGUGGCUUUGUUGACACCAACUACCUUGCGAGUCUUUAGCCCUAACUGUCGUUACAAAUCAUGCACAUAUGGUCAACCAAACUUUGGAGCAAUCGAAAUAGAUUGGAAUGCAGUGCCUCCCCAGAUUAAACUCGAACUAAGAGAUGUAGAGGGAAACUCUGUUGGUGGUGUGGAGUUUCCUAUAUCUGAACUGGAUCCAUCAAAAGCACAUGCCAUUACAAAACAAGGGCAUUCGUACCAACGGCAUUGCGCUCUCGAAACAGAGCUUCCAUGGCUAGUGUGGCACCGUCUUGCUCUGUUGUUGUUUGGUACAAUUGCUGUUCUUGUCAUAGCCGUGGUGUUGCUAGGAAUUACCUGCUUAUCAGCUGCUAAUAUUUUCACCAAGAAAUCCAAGAUGGAAUAGCCAUAAGGUACAGAGGACAGAAGCAGACACUUCAGUCUAACUACAGAUGGAAAAGCUGAUCACACCGUCCAUGGACGUUCCAGUGCCUAGAACAACCAUGAGAUUUCAAUACCAAUAUAACCCAUUGCGCAGCCUGUUACGCAUCACAAGUUUUAUGAAUGUAACUAACAAUCUGUAUACGUGUAUAGCAUGUUUAGAAAUUUCUCAUGUCAAUUUCGUUGCUUUAUGGUGAAUAGGAUGACUGUUGUCUAUUCUCUGACCCCUCUUACAUCAUUGAAGUAGGCUCCGUUUGAACAUGCAUCUGUUUCUGUUUGAACAUUGAAGAUCAUUCGUUUUGUCCGUUUAGAAAGACAUGAAAGAGCUGGUAGCCUGGCAUGUCGUCCGGCUUCAAA